CGCUACCCAGAACGCUGCUGAGCUGUAGCCCCUUUCGCGGCUCCUCGCCCGGGUUUGGUGAAUGAAGCUACGAAGGGGGAAGAGGACGCUUCCCCCCUUUUCCGAUUCUGCCUCGGUGUGCCGUGUGCGUUUUAGGGAGGCUGCAAAAGGAGGAGGGGGAGAAAACGGCGGCGAUGUCGGAAGCGUAGCCCUCGCUAGGCUUUUGUUCGGCACUGUCUGCUGAAACAGAUCCACUACUGGCUUGAAUGCAGAUGGAAAGAGUUCCGAAUCCAUUUCAUUAUCAAAAUAAUCGGGAUCCUCCCUUGGAGGCGUAUAGUCAGAACUUCAGUGAUUCCAGCAAGGGAUUGCCAGGAUGGCCAUGGGCGUGCAGGAACAAUAUGAACCUGUGGCUGAAAUUGGUAUUGGAGCUUAUGGCACUGUCUUCAAGGCCCGGGACUUGCAGAGUGGCAAAUUUGUGGCUCUCAAAAAUGUACGAGUGCAGAACAGUGAGAAUGGACUCCCUCUGUCAACAGUCCGAGAGGUGGCCCUGCUGAAACGUUUGGAGCACCUUGACCACCCCAACAUCGUGCGACUAAUGGAUGUGUGCACAACCACCCGGACUGAACGAGAAACCAAAGUGACUCUGGUUUUUGAGCAUGUAGAUCAGGACCUGAAAGCCUUUUUGGAAAAAACACCGCCUCCUGGCUUACCCGCAGAAGUAAUAAAGGACAUGAUGCGUCAGUUUUUGAGUGGUUUGGAUUUCUUACAUUCGAAUUGCAUUGUUCACCGUGACCUUAAGCCAGAGAAUAUCCUGGUGACCAGCGCUGGGCAAGUCAAGUUGGCUGACUUUGGACUGGCCCGUAUCUACAGCUGCCAGAUGGCCCUGACACCAUUGGUGGUCACCCUCUGGUAUCGUGCUCCCGAAGUGCUGCUCCAGUCAACCUAUGCUACUCCUUUGGACUUAUGGAGUGUGGGGUGUAUCUUUGCAGAGAUGUUCCGAAGGAAACCUCUCUUCUGUGGCAAAUCAGAAGCUGACCAACUGGGCAAGAUCUUUGACCUGAUUGGUCUCCCUUCAGAGGAAGAUUGGCCCUUGGACGUGUCUCUACCACGCUGUGCCUUUGCUGCUCGUUCGCCACAGCCUGUGGAGAACUUUGUCCCAGAAAUCGAGGUCCUGGGAGCUCAGCUGCUUUUGGAAAUGCUGACAUUCAACCCACUGAAGCGUAUAUCUGCCUUCCAAGCCUUGCACCAUCAGUACUUUCAGGACAAGAACGCAGGUGAAGGGUAGCACCCCAGCGAAUCCCUAAGCAUGGGGGAAGAGACUGUACAAAAGACUUUGUGAAUAUGCGUAUAACGUGAACCCUCACCAAGCGGAUACACUCAGACUAGUCCCCAAACUGUCCUGGCUGUGCUAGGAUUGAAAGGGUGGGAAGGACAAAGCUCUUGACAACAUGCAUGAAAACAGAGAGGAUCGUCUUGCAGGAAAUUGGCCAUUGAAAUCCUUUCCCACCCUGAAAACGUUAGGACUUUAUAUAGUGGCGUCUCUCUUGUCACCAUGCAUGCGCAUUCCGUAUUCCUGGGUUGAUCUCCAGUGGUGUUCUUGGAGGUCUGUUUGUAUUUGGGACAGCCUGGUUUGAGGCAUCUCGGUCAUCUAUGGGUUCUUUGCCAAAGGUCUCUUUUGGAUAGCCCCCUUUUCCCCCCUCUAAUAAUUUUUUUAAUAACAGUUUACACAUAAUAAUACUGCUGCCUUAUCGCAUUCCUGUGGCUAACAGUUUGACACUAAAGCCUUGCCUUAGCACAUUGCAGAGCUCCACCAAAAAAAAAAAAAAAAUGGGAGCAGAAGAUUAUUUUUGUAUACGCCUUCACAAUUCUUUUUUAAAUUGCCAAGACACCGGUCAGGACAGACCUACACUGUUGGCUAUCUCGGCAUGGGGAACGUGUUCAGAUGAGAGGCACUCUCCAUCUGUUUGAUUCCAAAUAUUAAUGUGAAACAUUUUUAAAAGGCUUUUAAAAAUGAUAACAUUUCAAUAAAGGAUAUAUGGGUGAGGUCCAGGCAAGUAUAGUUUGGUCUUUCCCUUUUCUUGUCACCUGACGUCGUCUCGCGUUGUGAUUAGUUUGUUGAAUUGUUAUCUGGGUUGGAUUACUCAAGUGUUGAUUCAUCCACACUUCAAAGGGCUUUCAGGAACAGAAAUUCAUAUUGCUAAACCUUUUGCUUUUCAAAUGGGAAAUCUGAUGCUUCACUUUGUGUGUUCUGUGACAUGUACUGAUUUUUCAGAAUCUCCCCAAAGAGAGUUAUUGUAAGUCCUGCUCCUUGCCUGAUCUGUUAAUGAGGAUCCUGACAAACUGUCUUGAACAUUCUUAAGCUUUGCUUAGUGCUUCUCCUCUCUCCUCUUCUCUCCUCUCUCCAUCCCCUCUCCCCCUCUCUCCUCUUCCCUCCCUUCUCCUUUCUUUCCUUUCCUUUCCCUUCCCAUUUUCUUUUCUUUUCUCCUUUCCUUAUCCAUUUCGCUUUCUGUUACAUAGAUUUCUUUUCUUUUCCCACCUGCCUUUCUUUCUUGAGGGCUGCUUUGCCCUUUACCAUGGGUCUUAUGAAGUUGAUGUAGUUCUACAAAUCUAACACACUCCUUUAGCAAGUAUGUUAGAUGCAGUAGAAGCUCUUGUCAACAUACAGAUAUGCUUGAACUAUCUUGCAGGAGGAUGAAAAGACAAGUCUUGUUCAUAUUGGCAGAUCUUUGUUUCUAGGAUAAAACAGGAAAGAAGGCCAUGGUGGGAUGCACUUUCUUUCUUUCUUUCUUUCUUUCUUUCUUUCUUUCUUUCUUUCUU